AUGAUGAGGCUGCCCCUUCUGCUUUCCGUGCUUCCAAUCGUGUCUUCCUUCAGUUCGCGCCCUCCCACUACGUGUGGCACCCAGUUCACGUGCGAGGAAGAAGCCACAAAGAUCGGCGUCUUCGGCCAUUCGUCUCCGGACACUGAUGCAGUCAGCGCAGCGAUCAUCUACGCGUGGGAGCUCCUCAACCCACCGCCGGAUGACUCUCCCGGCUUCUCGGGCCCGACACACAAGCAGUGUGCCAAAGCGUACGUCAACACUGACGAGAUCAACCCGGAGACGGCCUUUGUCCUCGACUACUUCCGCGAGAAGGAGCCGCCGAUCCUGCCCAACAUCAGCGCCCUGCCUGUGGGGGCCGAUUUUGCCGUCGUGGACACCAACUCCAUCGCCCAAAUGCCCUCCGGUACGACGAAAGACGUCGUGAAGGAUCACCUUCACAGCAUCGUAGAUCACCACAAAUUGGACGGCCUCACGACAAGCGCCCCGACGGAGAUCGACAUCCGCCCCAUUGCCUCGGCGGGUCUGAUGCUGGCCACGAUCUUGUCGGACACGCUGGGACUCACCUCGUCGACAACCACCGAAGGAGACAAGACGGCGGUGAAGUACCUUGCCCCUCUUGCCGGCGUCGCCAGCUGGGAGAACUUCACCUACCAGAUGCUUGUGGCGAAGUCUAAUGAGGGUUUUGAGGAUCCGGACGGCAAGACGUUCAACCUCCGCAUCGCCGUGCAGGAAACGGUGCGUGAGUCGGUCAAGGAGUUCUUCCCCGGUUUCCCGGCAAAGGCAACUUACAUCCCAAGUCCACCAACGUAUCCUGCCGACUAUACAAACUGCAGCUUCGUGGACCCUUUGACCAAGCACACUUACGGGCCGUACGCCAAGGCUUCCCUCCCCCCGCCCCCGCCAAACCCACACAAUCGCCGAACUCCACAUUCACGGCUUCAGCACGAUCCUCAGUUUUAUGCCGGCUUCAAUCCGCUGUGCCUACAGGCGCUCGUGAUGGGCGAGUGGUUCGAGACGGCGGACGGCGCAACCGUGACUCCUCGCGAGUACCUGAAAAACGGCGUCCAGUCGCGCAAGAAGCAAAUCGUCCCGGGCCUGAACAAGAUUGACGGGGGCGCCAAAUCGACAACGUAUUCCUGCAGCCAGACCGUUGAAGACUACAAGUCGUGCCCGGAUGAGAAGUAUGAGCCCUCCGAAUCCGACCCGUCCCCGUGGGACGGGCAUCCCGUGUGGCGGCGGCGCCACUUCUCCUGGCACGACGAUGACGACGCUUAG